GUACUGCUCUGUACCAAACUGUCGGGUUUUGGCAUCGGUGGGGGCGGCGGAGGUGGAGGUCCUGAUUUGACACUAUUACUUACUGGCACUGGGUUUUGAAUCUUAAUACUGAUAUCUACAGGUUCACUAUUUAAAAUACGGGUUCCAUAUAUUGAAACUGGAGGGCAAACUUCAUAGCCCAAUUUGGCAUAAAAGUUUUCCUGCCCUUUUGUUGAUAAAUGAAGCAUUUUUAAAUUUAACACAUUUUUACAAUAUUCUUCAACUUGUCUCAUUAGGUAGCUACCAAGUUUUUUGCCUCUCAUUGAUUUACUUAUAACUACAGUUUCUAUAAAACAGCUUUCUGGUAUACUGGGUAUUGGAGUCAAUUUACAAUGUCCCAGAAGGUGCUUUUUAUCAUUUAUAAGAAUUAAACUCGUUGGUAAAUUGUUGCAUGAUGCUUGCAGCGACAUCAUCCGAGCUGUCUCACUGCGUGGCCACUCAUCGUUGAUUAGUUCGCAACAUGGCUUCAAAUACUGAGGGUUUUCGUGUAAACGUAAUACUUGAAGGUCCUCUACAUCCAUUUUUAAUUCUGAAAAGAAAUGAUGAGUUAUUGGUACAAAUAUAAUUUUACUUUUGCAACCCAUUGACUUUGACAAGUGAAUAAAUUGACAUAUUGACAAACAGAUCCGUCCGCCGACCGCAAGCUCAAAUGUCAAAACUUAGUUCGAGGUUAUAAUUUAAACUAUAUUUUUCUACGACUACUGUUGCUGUACAUUAUCAGACAAACUAUUCAUGAUAAAACAACAAAGUAUACUUACAAGUUAAUCAAAAUCCAUUUCUAAAGCUAUACUUCACAUUGGCACAGAAAUUGCGAAUUUUAUCUGGAUAGGUCAUUGAGUCAUGGAUGCGGACGAUGAUGUUCCUGCACUCUCUGCGGAGACAUUCGCAGCCCUCCAAGAGUUCUAUGCCGAGCAGCAGAAACGACAGGAGAUACUUGACAAGCUCGAAGCUGAUAAUAAGCUAAAAGAGAAUAUUCUGUUUGAUGAAAACUGGCAACUGAGCCAGUUCUGGUACGAUGAGUCGACAGUGCAGACUCUAGUACGUGUUGUGGAUAAGACACUGGGCGCAGGGGGGCGCGUGGCGCUCAUCUCCUGCCCCACACUCUUCGUGCCAGUGAAGCGACAAAUUGGAGAUAGAGCUACAGUGACUCUUCUGGAAUACGACCGUCGUUUCGAGGUGCACGCUCCAGACUUUGUGUUCUACGACUACAACUGUCCAGACAAGUUGCCUCCAGAACUCCUAGGCUCCUGCGACCUGGUGGUAGCUGAUCCUCCUUUCCUUUCCGAAGAGUGCAUCACUAAAACUUCGCAGACUAUUAAACUUAUGGCCAAGGAUAAAAUAAUAGUGUGUACAGGAGCCAUAAUGAAAGAUAAAGUGAAAGAAUUGUUAGGACUUCAUUUGUGUGAGUUUCAACCUCAUCAUAGAAACAACUUGGCCAAUGAAUUCUCUUGUUACGCUAAUUUUGAAUUAGAUGACAUUUUGAGAUGAUUCAUCCAUUUGUGUGUUGGUUUUUAAGUGUGUAAUGGCAUUUAUUGUUGUUCUAACUGUAAAUGUAAAAUAUUUAUAUGAAUAUGUAAACUACAUAAUGUAUAAAGCAGGAAUUGAAAUGUCAAUAAAUUAAAUAUUUC